AUGCGUUCAGUUGGUAAGAAGAAAGGACAACAUCACUACUCUCGCUUCACUUUAACAUCAGUUUUUAAUAGUUUUAUUAUCAUGGAAGUAAAUAAUAAUACAAAUUUAUUUGUACAAUUACCACAUACAUUAUUAACGAGAAUCACCAAUGAACUAAGAGACAACAUUGACAAAAUCUGUUUUAGUUUGGUCUGUAAGCGAUGGUUCGAUGAAAGAGACAGAUAUCUGUUGUUCAACAUUGAUAAUCAUAUUAAACAACGUUAUCUAAAUGAUGAUGAUUGUAGUUCAUUAUUCUUUACGAAAUCAUACAAAUCAAUCUAUAUCAAAUCAUUAGAAAUCAGCAAAAACAACAAGAAUAACUGUAUUCUUUAUAUUGGUGAUCUAAAUGAGUAUCAAAGACGUGAUUAUUACGAUAGAAUAAAGAAUCCAAUCAUUGAAUUUGAUUAUUUUAUAGAUUACAAAUUAUUGAACACAAUCGAUAAGAUACCAAGUAAUGUUACCAAUGUUUUAUUAAAUAUAUUUAAUAAGUUGAAUCAAGAUGAUUCCAAACAUUUGUAUAAACUGUUGGCAGAAUCAAAUGUUACACAACUCGAUGGAUGUAAUACAGUUGUGCACCAACUUCCACCACGACUUGUCAAAUUGACAUUCGACAAUCAAUUCAAUGAAUCUUUGUCUGUUGGUUGUUUCCCUUCUACUUUGAAAGAGAUUACUUUUGGCGAAUAUUUUAGCCAACCCAUCCACAAAGGUGUAUUUCUCGAAGGUCUGGAGAAGCUUGCUUUAGGUGCCAAUUUUUGCGAGACAAUUGAAAACUCUGCCAAUGUAUUUCCAUCGACUCUAGAGUAUCUGAGUGUUGGUAGUUACUAUGAUGCUCCACAUGUCAAUAUGUUCCCACCAAAUCUAGAGAUCCUAGAGUACACUGCAUACAAUAGAGAAUCCAUCGAUGGAAUGUUGCCAGCCACCUUACACACCAUCAUCGAUAUACCAUAUCAAUGGAUUUCACACAUUGGAAACCUACCAAAUCUUAAACAUUUGGUGAGUGUUAACAACGAGGAUGUAAACGAUUAUGAUAACAACGAUGAAUAUAGUGCCAAACCGUUUGAUCUAAUUUCUAUUCCAGAAGGAAUCGAAACAUUGAUCAUUGGCGAUACAGAGUAUGAUUUUCUUGACAAUGUAUAUACAGUAUACAGGCUGAGUGGGGCACUUCCAAAUUCGGUGGAAACAUUCAAUACCGGACCAAGUUACUAUCAAUUCGACACACUGUUUCCAUCGGAUAUACAAUACCACUUUAAAGAGUUAGCACUCAGCACCCCCGGAGAUACCAAACCAAUUCCUUCGAAUAUUAAAGCCAAGAAACUCUGUUUAUCAAACUACCACAAAAGAGUUUUCAACGAGGGUGAUCUUCCAGAUGGCAUUGAAAUUCUUGAGUUCAGAUAUUGCAAGCAAAUAGAAUUCAAAUCGGAACGUUCACUUCCAGAUUCCAUUAAAGAGAUCAUUGUUUAUAACCAGACUCUAAACGAUCUACAGAUUCCAAGUGGUAUGAACUCUAGUUCUUUGGAGUGUAUAACGUAUAUUAAUGACUGUAAACUAAGCAUGAAGAAAGGUGUAAAGAUACCGGAAUCAAUUCGAACACUCAACACAGUGUUUGAUGCAACCAACUUUCAAUACAUUCCAACAACACUCACCAAUAUCAACUUUACCAACAGUAUCGAAUCUGUAUCAAACAAUAUUGAUUGUCAAGUGAGGAAAUUAGAUAGUAAAUACUAUUUAAUGUUUGGAACAACCAACAGAAUCAAUUGCAUUUCAACAAUUUUCAACCAAUCAAUGUUUAAUAGCUCACUAGUCGAGAAAAUAGAGUCAAGAAGCAACCAAAUCAAAAAGUUGUCAGAAACUGCAAUAAGUUGUGGUAAAAUAGAUAAACAAUAUUUUAUUGAUCAUAUAUUCAAUUACAAUUACUUAAUGAAUAACAAUAGCACAAAUAAAUUUGUUAAUUUACCACAUACACUUUUAACAAGAAUAAUCAAUGAAUUAGAUGAAAACAUAGAUAGAAUCUGUUUUAGUUUGGUUUGUAAAAGAUGGUUCGAUGAAAGAAAUCGAUAUCUUUCCUUCAAGACAGAUAUAAAGUAUGACAAGAGUCGUUGGUAUCUACGAUCUUAUCAAUCAAUCAUUGAAAACUCAAAUAACUCAAAGAAGAUCUUUACUCUCUUGAUUGGUGAAAAGUUAGAAAGCAAUGCACUAUUAGAUCUAAUCGACCCAAAUGACUUUGAUUUUCAUUCAGAGUGUGGAACGGAAUUAUUAUCACAUGUUGAUAUCCCUUCAGGUGUAACUUCUGUAACUUUAAAUGUGUUUGAUACGAUAAGUGAAGAAGAGAGUAGUCAUCUCUUUAGAUUGUUGAGAGAACAAUCGAAUGUAACUGAACUCAAUGGAUUACAUACAGUUGCCUAUCAGCUACCAUCUAGUUUGAAGAGUAUCAGUUUCGACCCUCAGUUCAACGAACCAUUGACUGUGGGCAGCCUCCCAGCAGGAUUAAAGAUAAUCCAACUUGAAGGGUACGACGGAACUAUUGAAAGUGGAGCAUUCCCUGAUGGUGUUGAAGAGAUCAAUCUACAGUCUUAUUCCAAACCAUUGGGAUAUGGAGUACUUCCAAACUCUGUUAAAUCAUUGAAAUAUGCUGGAAGACAUCCAAUUGGAGUGGGUGUGCUACCACAAAAUUUAGAAACACUAACCUACAGUGGAUAUCAAUGUGAACUUGAAGAUGGUGUAUUACCAAGCUCUUUGACUUCACUGAUUAUGGCGCCAUCACAGUGGAUCCCCAAACUCAAGUCACACCAUCUUCCAAAUCUAAACUAUCUAAAUGUCUAUGAUUCACGUGGUGAGACAAAUGAAGAUGGAGAAGAUUUCGUAAAUGGAGAGAAAACAAUUGAUCUCAGUGAGAUCCCAGCUACCGUUAGGAAUCUUUGUUUCUACUAUACCUAUACUCUGCGAUCUGCUUUAUCAACUUCAAUCACUCAUUUAAAUAUCGAUCGAUGUAGAUUUCGAUUCACAGAAAUCCUCCCAGAAGAUAAUCAAUACAACUUCCAAGAUUUGACAAUUGGAUAUCGUAGCGAACAACAACCAUUCCCAAAGAAUGUCCAAACACUUCAACUUCACCUCCACGACUACAAUCAGAGUAUCAAGUGUGGAGAACUCCCUUUUGGAAUUGAGUUAUUGGAGUUCUGUGGCGUGAUGUCUUAUAAUAUUGAGCGUGGAGCACUGCCCAACUCCAUAAAGAAACUCAAUCUCUACAAUCGAUGUAUUAAAGAUAUCAACAAUGAAGGUGUGAUUCCAGAUUCUGUGGAAUCAAUAGGUUUAUGUCAUAUUGGAGUAUAUGAGAGAUACUCUGAUGUUGUUGUGCCUCCAACCAUAAGAAACCUGUCUACUAACAUCAAUAAAAUAACAAGAUGUAAAAUAGCUCCCAAUACUCUCACCAACUUGGAACUCAACUGUAAUUUCAAUCCAAAGCCAAUCAUUCAAAUUAGAAAACUGGACAAUCACCAUUACUUAGUCAUUGGCAAAUCUAAUCCCUUCAAAUUCAUCGCUGCCAUGUUUCAUGAAUCACUAUUCCUCGAAGAAAUUUUCAGAGUUAUCGUUGAAACCAACCCCAAGCCCAAAAGCAAAAGUUAUUGUAGAAUAAUUUAA